AUGGCAGGCUCCCAGCGCUAUCUCCGCUACAUUGUCUUUGCCCUAUUCGCUCUUGUUCUCCUCUACUUCAUCGGCUCCUCAUCGUCUGUCCCCACCACAAGCUGGCCCGGCUACAAAGAUACGGCCACGCCCGGCAACCCCAAUGCCCCCGUUGCACCCGUCGUGCCUGUUGUCAGCCAGGACAGUGCCCCCGUCGCCAGCCAUGACGCAUUGCAUGCGGCCCCAUCGACCACACCCAACGACAAAAAGCUUCCCCCGGCGACAGCGGCCGGAGAGCGCAUGAACGCGACCUUUGUCACCCUCGCCCGCAAUUCCGAUGUCUGGGAGAUUGCCAAGUCGAUUCGCCACGUUGAGGACCGCUUCAACCGCAAGUUCAACUACGACUGGGUCUUCCUCAAUGACGAUGAAUUCGAUGAUGAAUUCAAGAAGAUCACAAGUGCACUUGUAUCUGGCAAAACCAAAUACGGCAAGAUUCCCAAGGAGCAUUGGUCGUUCCCCGAGUGGAUUGACCAGGAGAAGGCUGCUAAGGUCCGCGAGGAGAUGAAGGAGAAGAAGAUCAUCUACGGUGACUCCGUCAGCUACAGGCACAUGUGCCGCUACGAGUCUGGAUUCUUCUUCCGCCACCCGUUGAUGCUCGAUUACGAAUGGUACUGGCGUGUCGAGCCCAGCGUAGAGCUCUACUGUGACAUCAACUACGACACCUUCAAGUUCAUGGCCGAGAACAAGAAGAAGUACAGCUUCACUCUCAGUCUGUACGAAUACGUCGAGACCAUUCCUACGCUCUGGGCCGCUACCAAGAACUUCACAAAGCACUUCCCUCAGCAUGUUGUCAAGGAUAAUUCGAUGAAGUUCCUCAGCGACGACGGUGGCGAGACCUACAACCACUGCCACUUCUGGUCCAACUUCGAGAUCGGCAACCUGAACUGGCUCCGCUCUGACGCCUACAUUGACUUCUUCACCUCCCUCGACCAUGCGGGCGGUUUCUUCUACGAGCGAUGGGGCGAUGCUCCUGUCCACUCCAUUGCCGCUGGCCUGUUGUUGCAAAAGGAUGAGCUUCAUUUCUUCAACGACAUUGCAUACUAUCACGUUCCGUUUACACAUUGCCCGACCGGUCAGCAGUAUCGUCUUGACCACAAGUGCUCUUGCAACCCGAAGGACAACUUUGACUGGAAUGGUUACAGUUGUACGUCUCGCUUUUACGAGAUCAAUGGCAUGGAGAAGCCUGCAGGGUACGAAAAGGAGCAAUAA